AUGAAGCCGACGACCCGGAUCGGAAACCCCGUGGCCACGAGUUCGGCUGGAGCGCGGCGCACGAGGCGUGCGACAAGGGCGAUGUCGCAGAGCUCCGGCGCUUCUGUAAGGGGGCCGGGCUCAGUGUCCGCUGCGCGGCCGGCAACUCACUGCUGCACGUCGCUGCGCGGAGUGGUCAAGUAG